GAACAGAAAAACAGAAGGCGAUGAUCGAUGAAUUGUUUACAAGAAAUUUGUAGGUUAUGUCUAUAGCAUGGUAGUAUCGUCUUUUAAAAUAUUGUCUUUUCAGUUCACCAAGAAAUAUUAAGUUAAAAAUAAGCACAUUCCUUUCUCUCCAUAAUGAAGGUGACAAGGAAAAAUAAGGACCCUAAUAUACUUAGCAAUUUUGAAGUUUACAAGCUGUUGAAUGAACUAAAAUCGGGCAGUGGCACUCAAGGACAUUCCAGUAAUUUGGCGACAAUUGUUUAUGAGACUUCUCAUUACCUUCAAGACGAGCCUUGUAGUAAGCAGACCGCUUCUAAUAUCGAUAGGAUGCUCACAUAUCUCGACCAAUUUUCCUGUCCAGUUGACAAAAAUGGAAAAACUGAUGAUCGUCAACAAUGUGCCUAGUACCAGCUUGGAAUUAUCUUUGGCUGUCAAGUACGCUGAUGAACGUCUGGACGAAGAACAAAUUGAACAAAUCACUAAAACUGUUACACAAGAAUUUAGUAAUUGCUUCGCUGAAUAAAGGGUUUGUCUUGCAAU